UAAUCCCUUGCAAAGCAUCAAGCUACCAAUACUCUGAAAGCAAGUCGAUUGCACUGAAGUUUUAUCAAUCACGUACAAAGACAGUUGUUCGGUACUCCAGUGAUACCCGUUGACUGGACAUCUACCCAGCUUUCGAAAUGCCUCGACUCACGAUGCCGCCAACCCCAGUCUCUUCUACAGAGAUGAAGUGUCAAGAUGGUGUCAAGCAACUGUCGGCUCUACAGAUGUCAUUUGAACUCCCACCCUCAGCCAUUGGUGCCAACGGUGCCUCACGCCCUUCCAGCUCCGAGACUACAUCAAACAUGGACAACCCAUAUCCGGUGCAAGCAAGUGAGACCGUCAAGUCAAGGAGGCGCUCGUCUGCGGCGCAGAAAGAGUCCUUCACGCUGCCUCCCCCUCCUACGAGAUCUCGGAAGAUCAUACAGAUGAAGCCACAGCCCAGGGAGGAGCCUGCGGAGCCACCGACUCCGACAAAGACAUCUACCACGGCGAAAGGUGCAGCGGCUUCUGGGACGAAAAAGAAACAACCCUCGGCUACCAGCGCAGCAGGAAGAAAGAUUGCGAGGAAGACGGCCCACAGCCUUAUUGAGAGGCGUCGCAGGUCGAAGAUGAAUGAGGAAUUUGCAGUCUUAAAGGACUUGAUUCCUGCUUGUACAGGAGAAAUGCACAAAUUGGCCAUUCUACAGGCUUCCAUAGAAUAUGUCCGCUAUCUGGAAGAUUGCGUUGCUCAGCUUAAGUUGCAACGAGACCCUCAUUCCUCAGCACCGACGCCGACCGAGUUUGUCCUUCCACCAGCAGCCAACUACGAUAUCUUAGAGACAGAACAACUUCAGGAUGAUGAUGGAUGUGGAGAUGUGGAGAUGGGAGGAUCGGAAGCAGCAUCGCCCACAUGGACAGAACGCACCUCUCGCUCACAACGGCCGUCAGAAUCGCCCGCUCUGCUGGCACAGGAUACCCAGAAUAGGCAUGGCUCAUACUCAUCUGUUUCGACAGACCAUCGCCACUACAGCUUCAGCUCGGCGGCCUCCCCAGCCUUUGGACCGCAGACAUAUGGAUACGCUAGAAACAUCCCGUCAGGAUCAAACUCGACGCUGACAAGCCCGGCAUUAGCUCCACAGCGUGACCUGGAUCAAGAGGCCACUGCUGCACUUUUGAUGUUGAACAACGAUCGGAGAGGGGUCGUUAAUACCGGUGCAAGGGGCAUGAGCGUCAAGGAUCUGCUAAGCGCAUGAUCACCCAAGUCAAUACUCAGACUGAGCAUGAUCAAAUUAUGUGUUGCUUUUUAAAAUUGGCGUUGACGGUAGCAGUCGACCCAUGAGACUUGUUAGGGUCUUGCAUUUAUUGGAGUGGGUAAUUGCGGUUGCAAAACAGGUCACAACUUUUGGUGGGGUUGUCUUGUCGUCCUCAAGCCGUGAGCUUACAAAUGCGCAAGGUGUUCCAGGUAGGGCAUCCGUCACUAUAAGAUAUACAGAAGACUGGCACGACAAGUCACUGAAUACACUCACAGACGGAAGA